CGAAGGUCCGUAAGCAAUUAGAACGAUUGCGUUAAAUUACUAGGAAUUCAUCGUUUUUCAAAUAAAAAUUGUUUGCAAAGUUCAAUGUCAUUCUUACGAAGGUAAGUCGAGAUGAAGAAAACCGGAAAGAUGAGAAUGAAAGAUAAAUUUGUAUUUUCUACGAGAACACGAAUAUAUGUACAUAUAUACGUAUGUACAUAACGUGGGUAGUAUCUGUGAAAGGAAACCAUUGGUAGAAAGAAAUUAAACAUUUUAGUGACUAGUAAAGAUCUCUUGAUGGUAGGGACAUCUUCCGCGAUCUUAUGCUAUAAAAAGUCUUUCGAGACUCAAGCUAAGAAAGGAUGAAGUUCCAUUACGUAUUGGCAUUAAUUACACUUCUGACGGUGACUUAUGCAGCCGACGUCACUCAAAAUUUAUUAAAUUCAUCAUUGAAUCCCAACAAUGAAAGUAAGGUAAGAGAGAAGAGAAGUUUACUUUUAGGAAAAACUGCCCUAAUUGGAGGUGGUGGUGCUCUUCUUGCUAAAAAAGCCCUUCUUAUUGGAGGUGCUGCCCUUGGAGCAAAAGCAUUGAUUGGUGCUGGCUUGUACAAAGCUAAAUAUUUGGGAAGUGGUUACAGCGGUGGUCAUGGGGGAUAUGCUUACGGAGGUGGCUAUGGUUUUGGAGGGGGAUAUGGUCAUGGAGGUGGAUAUGGUUAUGGAGGUGGCUAUGGUUAUGGAGGUGGCUACGGUCAUGGAGGUGGCUACGGUUAUGGAGGUGGUUACGGUCAUGGAGGUGGCUACGGUUAUGGAGGUGGUUACGGUCAUGGAGGUGGAUAUGGACAUGGGCAUUCGACUUAUCACGGCUCUUAUUGGCGAUAAUUUUAUAUACUGUAAUGCAGUACAAAAGUGUUCUUGAGAGAUUUGUUUGAAAACAGCAUUCUUGCGAAAUAUGUCUGAAUCCGAUAUUCUUGAGAAAAAUAAUUCUUUUAUAUUAUUUAAAAGUUUAAAAAAUAAUAUAUUAACAAAAAUGCGCGUAUGAAAUUGUUCACUUAUAAUUAAACUAUUUUCACAAUCACCGGCUCAUUUAUCAUUGAUAAUAUUUUAUAAAAAAAAAUAAAAUAAAAUAAAAUAAUAAUAAUAAAAUAGAAAAAAAUCGCGAUCAUUCGAAUAAAAGUUAAUGGUUUAGAUACAAUAGAUGCUAACAUGAUAUUGAUAUCAUCGAUUACAGCAUAUAGUAGUGCUGUAAUCGAAGCAAUGUCUUCGCUAAUAUUACGUGACGUUAAUUUUAUGUACUGAUUUCGAUACCCAUGUUCUUUUCUCGGUAAGGAAGUAGAUAUAAAUAAUCGAAAGUGAAAAUGAAAUGUUCAUAAAUUUAAAUUCAAAUUCAAAUUAAUACGAAGACAGACAAAAUUUG